AUGUCAAAGUCCAAUUUCAUGUCCCUGAAGAAGGAAGCGGAAGAAGAACAAGAACAUGAAGAUUACCUCAAGAAGCUUAUUAACGGCAGUGCUGAUGAGUGUCACGAUUUACUCCAGAGGCUCAAGUACCUCGAGAGGGAAUCUCAGACGGCGAAGAACGCCCGAGCCCAAGAAGAAUUUCAAAAGAAAUUGGCCCAAAAGAGAACUAGUUUAAAUACUCUCCUAGCUCGAGCCAGCACCAUUAAUCCCCAAGAGGAAUAUGGGAAGUUAAAAGAAGGCGUCCGAAAUGGCUGCAAAAGCGAAAAAUCCUGGCUCAAGAAGCCAGAAAGUGAAUUAAAUCCUUCAAUGAGAUCUAUGAUUGUAAAAAAUAAUGAAAAGGGAGAAGAGAAUACCCUUAUAAAAAGAGCAGGCGAGCGCCUGGUUCCUGAUGAUGAUGUCUUCAGUGGUUCAGUAUUCUCGAGAGCUCAGUCUGCUGGAACAAGUCCCCAGAGCCAUGCUUUUGAAGAGAUCUUUGGGAUAGACAUGGCUCCCUUCAGGCCCAAGCUGAUGAGCUAUUUCAAUGCUGAAGAAGCUCUGUGCUCCAUUUAUGGCGCUGACUCGUCUCAGGACAUGAACUUCAUGAACUCGGCUGAAAUCGAGGUCCUGACCGUAGGAAAGCUGUCCAAUUCAUCCUCGAAAUCAUGGAGCUCUUGCAGAAGCAGAGACAGGCAUAAAGGGCUCACACCAAUUUGGGCUAAGUGGCAUAAGCGUGAUGCCGCAUGGGAUGUCUGGUAUAAGCGUGGUGAUGCAGAAGACGCUAGUAUUAGAGGACAGUCCCACCAAUUCGAAAUGAGCUAUGAAGCCAUGUUUAAAGGCUUGAGUUUGUUGAUACCACUUGCUAUUCUCAAUUGGGAAGGCGGCACCGAUGAGAAAGAUACGGAGGCACUAGUAGAAGUGUUCCUUGAGCGGAUAAAUGACGAGCAACUAGAUGUUGUUGAGGGUCUUGUGAUGAACAAAAUGUGGCAGAGCUAUGAGGCUUUAGAUCCAAAAAAGAAGUCACUGUUUUUGUGCUUCUGGGAAAAGCUCUUGCAAACAGGCUCAGAAGAGAAGUUUCUUCAUUUAGCCUUCUGUCAUUUUGCACGAGAAGUCAUGGAUGAUGAUGCACAGCUGGAAACGAAAACUUUCCAAAAAAGAGGCAUGCUUAAUCUGGACAUGGAAAAGCUCGAAGAGUGGGGAAAGAUUUGUCUGGAGGAAUUGAAGACGUCAAAUAUAGAAACUUUAGGUGUGCUGAGCUUUCCAGAGCUAGGGCUUCGUUGCUUAGAGUUCUUCUGUGAUGCAAACUCACAACCCUCUGAGUUUCAGCUUCCAGGCACUUCCGAGUCCCCCGAAUCCGAGCUGACAAGUGACAUAGCAGUGGAGGAAAGAUCCAAGAGCGAAUCGUUUUGGAAUCGCAAAUGGCUGAUCUCCAAGCUGAUCAGAUCAGUUGUUUCUCGAGGAUCCAACAAGGAAGCAAGGGACACCAAAGCAACCAAAAGUGACGGUGUGCGUCAAGAACCUGUUCGGAUCAUAGGAGAGGAAAUGAAAGAUUUGGUUAUGCAGCAGUACUACGAGGCCCGAGAGACGCUUCGACAUGUUGACUUCGACGUUUUAGAGGAGAUGAGCUCGCAAGAGCUUCAGAGUUUGCCCUGCUGUGUUCAUGAGGCCUUGCUAUUUUUCAAGACCCACUGCUCCAACUUGACCCAUAGGUGUUAA